AGAAGAGAUAUUCUCCAUUUCUAGCUUCUCUGUGCUGAACUUAAACCAAAACACAUAUUCUUCUAGUAGAGUAAUUUGCUGUAUGUGCAUUAAGAAAAAAGAACCAGUUCGUCAUGCUUUUCUUUUGUCUGUUUUUUUUUUUUUCCACAGAAAACACGGCGACCUCAGAUCAACUGAGACCUGAAAUUAAACUGCAGCAAUGUGCCGCCAGAACAGAUUCAACCCCAAAACCGCGACUACCCUGAUCAUCGUGCACGGGGCGGCAGUGGUUCUCCUUUGCAGCUGGUUCGUUCACUUCGGCCCCUGCAACUUCGCUCCCGCAGGCCCCAAAGUUCACGUUUUGCUGCUGUCCUCGUGGCGGUCGGGUUCAUCCUUUCUGGGUCAGGUUUUCAGUCAGCACCCGUCCGUUUUCUACCUCUCAGAGCCCGCUUGGCACGUCUGGACCAAAAAGUGGACGUCUGGCGCGCAGGCUCACCGAAUAGCAGUGAGGGAUCUCUUACGGCAUUUAUACCGCUGUGACUUUUCUGUGAUGGGUUCCUACCUUCCAGAGAAACGCAGCGUGUCCUCCAUGUUCAUGUGGACUCACAGCCGGGCACUGUGCUCGCCGCCGGCCUGUCCCCUUACGGCCACCAAUGACACUCAGUGCCGCCAGAUAUGCCAUGCUCAGGACAUGAAGAAAGUGGAAGAAACCUGUCGUGGAUACUCUCAUCUCGUAAUUAAAGAAGUGCGAUUUUUUGAGCUGGAAUCCCUUUAUCCCCUUCUGCAAGACCCAAACUUGAACAUCCGCAUCGUUCAUCUUGUUCGAGACCCGCGGGCCGUGAUACGGUCGAGAGAGGAAUCAGCCAAAGUGUUGAGGAGGGACAACGCCAUCAUUCUGGAGCACCGAAACGUGCCAGCGGCUGAGAACAACUACAAAGUGAUGCAGGAGAUCUGCAGAAGCCACAUACGCAUCAACGAAAGAGCAAUCCUGAAGCCACCUCCUUUUCUGGAAGGUCGCUACAAAAGGAUUCGGUAUGAAGAUGUGGCACGCAACCCGCUGAAGGAGAUGAACGACAUUUAUAAGUUUGUAGGCUUGAAGAUGACUAAACAAAUGGAGGAAUGGAUCUACAAGGUGACCCACGGAAAAGGGAAAGGCAGCAAGAAAGAGGCUUUCCAGAUCACCUCUAGGAAUGCCAUCGAGGUGUCACAGGCGUGGCGCACCGUGCUGCAACACAGCAAGGUCAAACGCAUUCAGGAGCUGUGCAAAGGGGCCAUGUCGCUGCUCGGCUACCGGACAGUUGACAGCGAAAAAGAACAGAAGAGACUCGACAUAGAUCUGCUGGUUCCGCUGGAGUUCAGAUGGGGGUCAACGAAGAAGACAUGAACCUUGGAUUAUCACCAAAACUGCUCAGACGCCCCACUGGCUCUCUAUACACCAACCAUGUUUUUGCUACAUUUCUGACAACUACAAACCUUCACACACAGUCAAAUGACCUGUCAUCUCAUUUGACUGAGUUCAUAAAGCCAGGAGUAUUGCAUGACAAGCUGAGUUUAUGUUGUCACGACAAACCCGCAGGAAAUGCACGGUGGAGCAAACUGUCUAGCCACUAGAAAGGACUUUAUUGUGACAUAGACUGAAAGUCAACAGCAACAGUAAUUCUGAUCAGUUUUUACUUCUUGAGCAAAGUCAAAAAUACAAGGUGCAUAUCGACUAAUGUGAAACGUUUGUAAAGUUCAAUAGUUUUUCUCAUUUCACAGAGAAAACUUAAUAUAUAAGCAUUUAUAAAUAGAAUGGGAUAUUUAAAACCUAUUAUUUGUUGUAAUAUCAUGUAAACCAAAUGUUUUAAACAGAAAUGCAAGACUUUUGGAAAGUAUGCUCAUUUUUAUGCACUCGAUAAUUUGGUUGGGGAUCCUUUUACAUCCGCAUCAUUGACUGUGGAAACUUUCGACUGGAUUGCCAGCAAUGUGGAUCCCGAGUCUCACAAAUACUUUGUGAAUAGCCGCUUGUCUCCUUUGGACAAAAAAAAGCUCCUUCCAAGUUGCCAUACUAUUAUUUUGUGUCAACAUAUUUUCUCCAGUUCUUUUCUUUUAAACGUUUUUUAAAGUUCUCGCAAUACACUGAAUCUUUGCAAAAUUACUGAAAUAUGAACCAAUUUUAAUGCUUGAGGCCAUUUUUAAAAAAAUAA